AUGUCCAUCCCAAGUGUAAAACCCGACAUUGGUAGCAAGGUGCUUCCAGGAGACAAAACGGGGCUCCCAUGGGAGAUCUGGAGGAUUAUCCUGUCGUAUCUGUCUGCCGAGGAGCUUUGUCGGUGUGCCUGUACUUGUAAGACUUGGAAUGAUUUGGUGAUAAGUCUGGAUAGCUCAAGGUGGAAGGAGCUAUACUUACAAUGUUCUGACUGGAAGCAUCCAUUCUGGCCAAUUAACACAGAUUCAGAGCCUGCUUCCUGGAAGUUAGCUUUCAAAGAACAGUACCUCUCUGUCAGAUUUUGGGGAAGGAACUUAAGGGAGCCAGACUCUGCCACCUGUCUGUAUGUCCUGAAACGUAGAAAGGAGAGAAAAGUUAUUCAAGUGGGCAGAGAUAUGCAGCAUACUUCACUGAAGAGUGCUCUAGCUGUGGCAAAUGAUUAUGACAGAAUUGAGAUCUACCCUGGUAUCUAUGAUGAACAAUUUGAGAUGUCCUCCAAGAUUCCGUUUGAGAUUAUUGGGGUUGGUGAGCUGGGUAGCAUUAUAUUGGUGGUGUGUGUAGAGCAGAUUGCACUGACAGGUAGAGUCAGUAACCUUGUGUUCAGAGCACCAUGGUUUACAAACUUUGUUCUCAAGGUGAGAGUUGGGUAUCUACAAGUUGACAACUGUAUAUUUGAGGAUGGGAUGGUGUAUGUCCAAAAUCCUGGUUCUUGUCACAUCAAAUUCUGUACAUUCCGUCAUGCAACAGUGAUUCUCCAGCAUCUGAAUUCCAGUAUCAUAGAAAACUGUGAAUUCUCAAAGACUGAUUCAGCUGCUAUAACAGUGGAGGGAUUUCCCCGUGAAGACAGAAACUGGACAUAUGGCUACAUGAUGGAGAAAAUUGCUGCUGUCAGCCACUUGAACAGGACACCACAGAAAGGCUACAAGAUGGCACCACCUUCAGCAUUCUCCACAUCUACUGCUGUUACACAAAAAUGGCUUCUGGAGAAAUCAAGUGAUUCAAAAACAGAGUCAUCUCAUGAUCCACAUCGUAGACAAAGCUACUGUAGUUCUUCAUUCAUGCAGAGUGAGUUUACAGACACUUCAUUACAAACAAGAAGUGCAAAUAAAGUGCAUGGAAGAACCACUGCAAAACAUUCAUUUAACAUUGAUCAGCUCCAGAGUCGCAAUUCAUGUUUUUCCUCCCAUACAGGGGAGUUAACUGGAAGUGCUAGAACUUGUGAAUUUCUUUCUCAAAGUGACUCUUCAAAUUAUGGAGGUAAAAACACUUUAACAGUUCAAGGGAGCAGUCAUGGUGGUAGCUUUACUGUCUCAGAAAUAAGCAACAGUUCCAUUAUAGGGGGAGGUAGUAUAAGGGUAGACAUUGAUGAUCAUGACAAAUCUUCACUGUGUUCAGGUAUGAUAAUGGAGGAAGAGAAGCCCACAGUUCAGUUUCAGGGUGAACAAGAUAGUGUAGAAGCUAAAGAACAGAGUAAAACAGAGACAGAAAGUGGAGCAGAAAAUAUAGAAAGUGUGGGGGAUAACAGCAGAGAUCCCCAGGAACCUAUUGAUCCACCAGAUGAAAUAAGGUCAAGGUCACCAAGUCAGAGGAGUAGAGUCAGCUCUGGGUCAAGGUCACAUAGUCCUGUGUCCACAGCUAGCGGGAGUGACAUUUUUGAUGACAGUAAUGACAGUAUAGGGAGUUACAAUUCAGGAUCUGUUAACUCUAGAGGGUCCAGCAGUAGCAGUGAGGAGGAGGAGGGAGGGUUACUCCUCUCUGACACAGACUCAGACUUCAGCGAUGAGGAGGAAUCGGUCAUCAUGCUGACCUGUCCCCAGCACCAGCAGCCUCGAUCAGUCUCCGCGGCCAGUAUUGGAGCUGACGUGGUCUCCAUCUGUAGUCAAAACCAAUCAGAAAAUAUCCGGAUAAUUGCUGAUACAGCAGUUAACAAAGUGACAGAAGAGGUGCGGGGAUGUUUGAUCCACAGAUGUCGGAUGAGCCUUUGUAAAGGUGGGGUGAUGGUCAGUCUCCAGGCUCAUGCUAUCAUCUCCCACUGUGACAUCAAUGGUGUGGGGUAUGGAAUCAGGUGUAUACAGAAUGCAAGGGUCAUCAUCUUGAAGAAUGAGAUCCAUCACUGUAGGACCUCAGGGGUGUUUAUGAGGCUAGCAGCCUCGGGGUUAGUGGCUGGAAAUGACAUCCACUCUAACUGUGAGGCUGGUAUUGACAUCAGAAAAAAUGCUGAUCCUCUAGUCAUGAGCAACAGAAUUCACCAUGGGAAGCGGUCUGGGAUUGUCGUUCUGGGAAGUGGGCGUGGCCAAAUCAGAAACAAUGAAAUUUACCAGAACAAGGAGGCUGGACUUUACAUACUGUACAGGGGAAACCCUACUGUCAGCAAGAAUCAGAUAUUUAGUGGGAAGGCUGCAGGGGUUGCUGUAAAUGAAGGAGGCAAGGGGUAUAUAUGUGACAACAUAAUACGUGAGAAUCAGUGGGGCGGGGUAGAUAUACGACACGGAGGGGACCCAGUGAUUACACAGAACAUCAUCUGUAACGGAAUGUCUGACGGAAUAGUCAUCGGAGAUAAGGGGCGGGGCAGCAUAGAAAACAACAUCAUAACAGGAAAUGCUGGGUGUGGAGUGUGGAUUACAGCAGCAUCACAGCCACUUAUCCAUGGCAACCAGAUCAACAAUAAUUUAGACACGGGGGUUACUUUUGUAAACAAAACGGAUGAGGCCCAUGAAGACCCCAUGUCCUCCAUGGACCGUAGUGAUGUACCUAGUCAGAAGAGUUCUGAUUUCUGGCAGUUUAUGAAUGAUGAACAGCCACAUCACAGGAGAUCCUGUACCAAAGCAACAGUAGAAUACAAUAGUAUCUACCACAACAACGGUCGUGGAGUGUUUUUGAUGUUUGGGGAUGAAGUUGAUGUCAAAUGUAAUGCUGUACAUGGUAACCGUGGUGAUGGCAUCCAUAUUGACCAGGAGUUUCCUGUGUUGGUGAAGGACAAUAGUGUCACCUGUAAUGCAGGAAAUGGACUGAUAACGUCUAAUGUAGGGGAGGUGAGUGUGACAGGAAAUGGAAUUUUUGACAACAGGGAUCAUGGGAUAUUUGUAAAGAAUGAGGCUGUGUUAGAGGAGAAUGACAUCAUAGGGAAUCAGAGGAGUGCACUGCAGCUAGAGAGAAAUACCAAAGUACUGGUAGAACAGAACCGUCUACAGUCCCUGUCAGAUCGUGCCAUCACCAUCAUCUCAGUCCAGGACGGCACUGUAAACAAUAACCAAGUGUACAGCGUCAAUCCUGACCCAGUCCUGAAAACUACCGACUCCAAAUGUCAACUCAAAGACAACAAAAUCAUCCAUAUUGACACCACAUCUGGUGAAAAUGGAACCAAAGCAAGCAAGGAUUUAUGGAUGUUAAAAGACCCCCCAGCCAGACCUCACAUUGAAGCCCCGCCCACCAUUCCGACCUUACCAGCCAAUCAAGUGACCUCUGUUACUAGGGUUACAGUGCCAUCUGCCCACAACUGUGAGGAAGGGAGCAAACUCUGUAUUAUUCUCUAAUCUUCAAAUUUAAACAGUGACAACAUCUAAUGUUUUUCACAUGCAAAUGGUAUAUUUUUGUCAUCUUAUUAAAGUACAUGUACUAGAUAUACAUGUAUGUCAUGAACAAUUCUGUAUGAUCAGCUGUAAUCAGUUACAGUUGUUUCCACCUGUGGCAUCAGCUGACAUAUUUAAUGACAUAUAUACACAUGGUACAUACUCAUUUUAUUUGCUAUACAGUGCCCU